UGCAAACUAACAAGGCCCAAGGUCCAACCAGCCAGCUGGCCUAUCAAGUCCCAUUGCUAAACCAUAUUUCUUAAUGCCCUGUCCUAAAUACCUGUAGACAUAGGGACUCUACUGCUACCCUGGGUAGCCCAUCACAGUGCUUGAUCACCUUUCUCUGUGAAGAAACAUUUCCUGUUAUCCAGUCUAAACCUCUCUUGUUGCAACAUGAGAUCGUUUAUUUGCCUCCUGUCACUUGUGACCUGAAAAAAGAGAUGAACUCCCUCCUCUCUGCAACAUCCUUUCAGGUUUUCAAAGAGAGUCAUCAGUUCUCUCCUUUGGCUCCCUUUCUUCAAACUAAAGUACCCCAGUACCCCCAACCACUCCUUUUAAGUCUUAUAUUCUGGUCUCUUCCCCAGCUCUGUUGUUUUUAUUUGCACUGAGAUGGAUUAGGCUGAAAAGAAGGAAGUAGGGUUUCUGCAUGUAUUGGAGACAUUCAGUAACAAGGCCGUUUGGACCCAGGUAUGUCAUAGAGAACUUCAGUCAGAGAUCUUUCCUGUUCCAUGAAGCUAGUUGUUUCUUCUUGGUUGUUGAAGAACAAGGUGUCUGCGUUAGUGCAAAUACUGUAGGAGUUUUUUGAUUUGUCCUUUUUGUCUGUCAGUUUACAAGACAAUUAGUAACCCUAUUGGUCAACCUCAACAUAAGUUAUAUCAUAUUAUAACAUAAAUAUAUCUGAGCUAGGCUUCAGCUAUACUAGUUGCACAGAUACACAAGACGUCUGCUAAAUGUCUGACUUGGCAGCCCAGCCCACAUGUAUUACUUCUGCCAGUAGGGGAGAGACAGCAGCAGGCUGGCAUCCCAGCAUACCUGUGAGUCUUUGCUGGUCCAAGUACUAGAUCUUGUCCCCCAGUAUAAAAUUAAGCAAGAGGCUGUGGAAGAAAGAAGACAAAACAGAAACUGAGAGAUUUCAGCAGCCAUGAAAGAACCUAUGUGGCCACAUGGAGAGGUCAGAGGAGGUAAGGAUGUUAUUAGGGAUGGGCAGGAAAUCUUGGCUUGGAUGCUGGGGAAAUAAGCUGAGAUGUGGCAGAGAGGAUAGGAAGAGCUGGAAUGUUGUGAGGAGAGAACAUAGAGGAGAGGUUGCUGUAUCGGCAGUUUUUGAAAGGUGUGGACUAGGUUAUUUAAGGAAUUCACAUCUGUUGGCCACCUGCAUCUUCUAUUUUUUGCAAAUCGUGGGCUGAAUAGAAGAGGAGAGAUUUUCUUACAAGUGUUCGUAUGGAUAUAUAAUAAAAAGGGAGCUCACACUGCAAAUUCAUUACAAACCAUGAAAUGAAGACCUGGGAGUCAGACUGUCAGGAUUUAACAGGAAAAGUUGAAGAGUUUUUCCAAAGUGCUUCCCAAAUUUCCCUUGAAUAAAAAUGGACUAAGAGAUUUUUGAUGUGUUCAGCCUCACACCACAUAGUGCUUUUAAGAUUACAUGUGUAUAAAAAAUGACCUGCUAAAAGACUUUCUGCAAACUUGACUGGAACAUUUCUCUGCACAAAUUUGGUCUAAACUAUUUCAUAUAAAUUAAUUGGAAGUUGCUGCUUUCAAGACAGAAUGAUUGUCUUCAUGGCAGAUAAAGAUGUACUUUCAUCCAGGCUAGACAGUUUUUUUUUCAGCCAUGCAAUAGAAUAAAUGAUGUAGCAGAAUGUUGUCCAUGAAGCCUCCUUAAAUUGCUGUCUGUUUUUAUCUUGGAUAACUAGUUAGUCACCUAUCUGUAGAAAACACAGCUGUGACAAGCAAUUAGAUUAUAGGACUUAAAAGCACUCAGUGUCACUAAAAUGAUGCUCAAGGAAAGAGCUGUCUGUUCUUUAUGUUAUGUAAUCACUGGCAACUGGCAAAGUACAGUUUGCAAACUAAGAGAUACACAGUCAAGAAUUCAUCUCAGAGUCUAAUUCAAUGCUGUGAAUGUACUUUCCAGACAAAUAUUCAAAAACUUGUUUUCUGCAUAGUAAUGAACACUCUAAUUUUUUCCACCAGUGAAAACUUGGCUGAGAGAAGAUACCACUAAAGGUAGACCAGGAGACCUUCAAAUAAGAUACUUAGAUUCUACCCUUAAACAUCAUUCUUCUGUCUCUUUAGAGAUUUCUGAUGAAGAUUUUAUCAAGAAAUGCAGAAUUUAUUUCUCUAGUUCACCAUUUUUGCCCCUUCUGUCAACGUCCAUCUCUUGCAACGUGGAAGGUGGCCAUAUGUCCCAGAAGUGUUUCCUUUCAUUACUGCAAGGCAGGAAUGCUUUUACAUGAAUCCAGUGAUGAGUGAAUUUGCAUGUACUGCAUGUGUUUCAGCAAGACAGUUGGAAACCUGAGAGUCUACAGCUGUGUUGAAUUAAAACCUAGAAGGAUUGCAAAAGAGACUUACCUGCAUGCAAAUGGGAUUGUGCAUCGUGAUUUGAAGCCAGAAAAUCUGCUCUAUGCAACACCAGCACCAGAUGCACCACUGAAAAUAGCUGAUUUUGGGCUUUCCAAGAUUGUGGAAGAUCAGGUGACCAUGAAGACAGUUUGUGGAACUCCAGGGUACUGCGCCCCAGAGAUACUACGAGGAUGUGCCUAUGGCCCCGAAGUGGACAUGUGGUCUCUAGGGAUCAUCACCUACAUUCUACUUUGUGGCUUUGAACCAUUUUAUGAUGAAAGGGGAGAUCAUUACAUAUAUAAGAGAACCCUGAACUGUGAAUUUGACUUUGUGUCCCCCUGGUGGGAUGACGUGUCUCUGAAUGCCAAGGAUUUAGUUAGAAAGUUAAUUGUUUUAGAUCCCAAGAAACGCCUCACCACUCUACAGGCUUUGCAGCAUCCUUGGGUCACAGGAAAAGCAGCAAAUUUUGCACACAUGGAUAACGCACAAAAGAAGCUUCAAGAAUUCAAUGCCCGGCGUAAACUUAAGGCUGCAGUAAAAGCUGUUGUGGCAUCAACUCGUCUUGGCAGCGCCAGCAGUCACAGCGCUCAUGACAGCAGCAAGCCCAGCUGUAGUGCAUCUUCUAUCCGUGACGGCAAGCCUGAAGAGAAAUCCGCUCAGGAAGCAGAAGCAGCUCCAGAAGAAAUGUCUUAAGUCAAUGCACUCCCUUAUUACAGCUGAGAUCUGUCAUUUCAUACACCAGCUAACUUGUCAUUCAGCAGGAUGGAUUCGUAAGCUUGACCUCUCUGGUUCUGCUUUGGGGUGCCAAAUGCACUGCUGGUGAUUCUACCUUCAAUGCAUGUGACCACUUAUGAAAAUAAUAAACUGUUCCAUAAGG